AUUUGUGUGGAGAACCGGAAGUCAGUGGAAGGGUUCGCUGACGCUUCCGGUUCAAAUGACAGUUGUCAAGAAAUCCGUUCGCGGUGAGUAGAAAUUAACCAAAAUCAGAGUCAAAUUAAGAUGUGAAGACUGGACCUCUGUAAACAGAAUACCACAUUGGAUAGCACAUUCACUGUAGGCUUCCAGUGACAUGGAUGCAGUUAUCUGACAGGAGCAACACAAGAAACUAAAAUAAAUUUAAAGGCUGGCCAAAUCUUGAUAAGCGAAAUCUGGACUCUGAGUAGAGAUACUUGGGAUUAGUAAAACAGCUGAUCUGCGUGUCAAAUAUGAUGUCACAGUAUGCUGCGAUGUGAACAAUUAGGCUGAUAUGCUGAGCAUUGCCUUCCCUGACCCAAACAAUAAAAGAUGACAGAUGCGGCGGGAAUGAACAGUACAGAGUUUGCCAGCAUUUCAGGAAGCUGACCUGCAUUUAUCUGUUGAUAUGACAGAAGCCCUUCCACAUGGACGGUUAAUGUUACAGCAAAUAUCAUACCUUACAGCAGUUUGAUAGUGUGCAGCAGUGAAUCAGUCAGCACACAAGUGGACUACUUUUCUGGAUUAACGUGGGAUCCAGAUUGGUGCUGUAAUCUGAGGUAGUGGGGUGCCCCUAACUCACAGCAGACAUGACGGCGAUCAGCUUCAGGGGCCAGUUGCUGUGGGAGAACAUCAAGCGGGGCGAUUUAGCGGCCGUGGUCAAUCUGUUAGAGAGCGGGGGCAUAAACCUGGAGGAAAAAGAUGAGAAUGGCCAGACGUUUCUCAUGCUGGCUUGCGAACGGGGAGAGUUGUCCAUCGUCAGAGAGCUUCUGGAGAAUGAUGUAGAUGUCAAUGCUGUGGAUAAUGAAAGCUGGAGUGCUCUGCUGUGUGCAGCCAGAGAGGGGCACCUGGAGAUAGUGAUAGAGCUGCUGGAGAGAGAUGCAGUGCUGGAACACAGAGACAUGUGUAACUGGACAGCAUUGAUGUGGGCGUGUUACAAAGGGAAGGUAACUGUGGUACAGGAGCUGCUGGACAGAGGAGCAAACCCUAAUGUUAAAGCUGAUCACAACAUGACAUGUUUGUCAUGGGCAGCAGGCCGAGGCUACACAGAGAUUGUGUCCAUGCUGCUACAGAAGGGGGCAAAGAUCAACUCGCCAGACAAGUACGGGACGACGCCCCUGAUCUGGGCCAGCAGGAAGGGUUACCUGGAAAUUGUCAGGAUGUUACUACAGGAAGGCACCAACGUGGAUGUUGCCGGCAUGAAUUCCUGGACAGCAUUGCUGGCAGCUACCAGUGGUGGUUAUGCAGAAGUUGUUGGAGAAAUCUUGGAGAAAAAUGCCAAUGCUAAUGCUCUAGAUAAGGAUGGGUUUACUGCUCUGACGAUUGCGGCCAAGGAAGGUUACACAGAGAUCGCUCAGGACCUGCUGUCACAUGGAGCCUACGUCAACCUCAAGGACAGGGAUGGGGACUCCAUACUGAUCCAUGCUGUGAAGGGAGGGCACAUUGAAGUGGUUCAGUCAUUGCUCAAUAAAUAUGCAGAUGUGGACAUCCAGGGCUCUGAAGGAAAAAGCGCCCUCUAUUGGGCUGUGGAGAAGGGCCACAAUGACAUUGUUCGUAUUUUGCUCAACAAUGAUGCUGAUACAGAAUUGGCAACCAAGGAUAAUGACACGGCCUUGCUUCGAGCUGUGAAAUCUCGUAAUGAGGAAUGUGUGAGGUUACUCCUGGAGAAAAACGCCAAGGUGUCAACUGUUGAUAAGAGAGGUGACACGCCUUUACACAUCUCCCUGAGGGCGCGCAGCAAGCGUAUCACAGAACUGUUACUGAGGAACCCUAAGAACAGCCGCCUCCUCUACAGACACAACAAAUCCGGCGAGACUCCAUACAGUAUAGAUGCUUACUAUCAGAAGGGAAUUCUCACUCAGAUCUUUGGACAUCGUAACCUCAAUGCUAAUGAUGGGGAGAACUUACUGGGCUAUGAGAUCUACAGCAGCGCCCUGGCCGAUAUUCUUAGUGAGCCCUCCCUGAACACCCCUAUCACCGUAGGGCUGUAUGCCAAGUGGGGCAGCGGCAAGUCCUUCUUGCUGGGCAAACUCCAGGACGAGAUGAAGUCCUUCACCCAGCAGUACGUCCAGGGCCAGUUCGAGUUCACCAAGGUCAUUUUCUUUGUGUUCUUCCUGCUGAACUCUGUCGUCGGUUUGGCAUUGGGUCUCUCCACCCUCUGGAGCGUGGGACUGGGAGUGGGGCUGGGCCUCUUUAUCCCAGAGUAUGGAUUCCUAGCCUUCAUCUACGUGGCCAGUCAGAGGUAUGACAUAGAGUUUGCUGUAAGGAUCAGUUGUGUGUUGCGUCGGAAGAUGGACACACUAACCCUCCUGCUAAAGCUGCUGUUUUGUGCUCCACAUAAGCAAAACAAGAUCGAUGUACCAAGAGUAAGGUUUCUGUUCUCUGACUACACAAGAAUCACCAGUGUUGGAGGUGAGAAGGCUCUAGCUGUGAUGAUCGGAACGCUGUGUGACGCCGUGGAGCAGGAACUCGGCCCGCUCGUGGCUCGUCUCUACAGGAUAUUCAAACCUCAGCCAAAUGCCUCUUCUACGGGAGGAUUCAAGUCUAUAUGCUGCAUCCCCUACUUCUUCCUGGUCAUCUGUGUGGGCCUGUGCCUUGUCACAGGUGUGGUCUUACUGGUCAGGUUUAACAUUAACAACGGCUCCGUGAACCCUGUCCUCAUCACACUGGCGUGUAUUGUGGGACUAGCCAUCAUGGGCAAUCUCUACACCUGGGCACAAGCUAUUGCCUCCUUGUACAUCUCACAGAAAACCAGGGUGCUGGCUGCUGCUGACCACUUGGACACUCUCAAGGUGGACGGCUUUAUGCAGAGGCUGAAGCAGGAGGUGGACCUGAUGUCUGAGAUGGUCACUAACAUGGAUAUGUUUACGGGGAAUGAGACGCGCCUGGUAGUGGUGGUGGACGGACUGGACAGCUGCGAGCAGGACCGCAUCCUCCAGUUUCUUGACACGGUCAAAACGCUCUUCUCAGAUGCAGACUCGGCCUUCAUCACCAUCCUAGCUGUCGACCCUCACAUCAUCAUCAGGGGAAUUGAGCAGAACCUGCGUACGGCAUAUCACGACGCCAACAUCCAUGGCUACGACUACCUGAGGAACAUCGUGCACCUGCCGUUCUAUCUGCAGAGUCAGGGAGUGCGUGUGCAGCAGGAGGACUACAUGGUGCGCGCAUCUAACAGCGCGUCUACGGAAACAGGAUUUGCUGAUUUUCCCCUACCAUUUUUAGCGUUUCUACAACAUCAAGAAUCUGUGAUGUCCAGCUUGUCCCUGGCUGAACAUAAACACAAAAAACCUGUGAAUGGACGGAAGAAGAACAACAGACUUAACAGUUCCACCUGGCACACCUCGUCCUUUGAUCUCUCUAAAACUCUUAUUAAGAACGACUACUUCAGUGACAUCAAUCCACGCAGCAUGAGGCGGCUGAUGAACAUUGUGGCUGUCACAGGUCGGCUGCUCAGAGCCUAUAACAUUGAGUUCAGCUGGUAUCGUCUGGCUGCCUGGAUCAACUUGAUAGAGCAGUGGCCAUAUCGAGUAUCAUGGAUUAUCCUGUACUGGGAGGAGCAAGAGGGCAUGGAGGAUAAUAGCACCCUCCGUAACAUCUAUGAUAAGAUUGUUGACAAAAUUCCAAAUUCUAAAGAAGUUGAACCUCUUCUUGAGAUUGAUAGAAAUGUGAGAAAAUUGGAGACAUUUCUGACGAGUCAUUCAACAACAUCUGCCACUCUUAGCGUCGGAGAUUUGAAAAAAUUCUUACCAUGUACCAUUAACCUGGACCCGUACCUGAGGAAGCUUAUCAGAGACCUCCAGCAGAAUGUUGAUGUGAACAGAGCUGACUAUUCCUUCAUGGGUUUCCCUGGGACGGGCCCUAGUAGGGCACAGGGUGGGUCCAAACAGACAGAGGGAGCCCCAGGGUAUGGGCGCCUGGGCAGUCUGAACAGAUCAAACUUCUCUCCCAGGGACACCCCAACCCGAGGCCCUGUGUACGGAGGGCGGGGACCGGCCAUGUUGCACCAGGGGAUGGGGUAUGGGGCUCAGCACAUGAUGCCAUCGGCCAUGACACACCCGUACUACAUGAACAUGGUGCCGCCUCAUCAUCAUCAUCAUCCUGUACCCUCCCCUCAGACCACGCCCCCACCUCAGGCUGUCCUCCAACAGCUCCAUAGUAACAUUGGGACGGAGAAGCUGAGUCACCUGUCUCCGCAUGGUGUCUGUAACCUGCUGUCGCGUCUGGAGCGCAUUGACAGACAGCACCUGGCCGAGUACCAGAGCCGUGUCCUCGCCAACAACAUCACUGGUAUUGUCCUGCUCACCUGUGAGAUGGACGAGCUGAAGCAGGUGAUGCAGAUGACGUUUGGGGACUGGCAGCUGCUACGCCUGGUUAUCCUGUCUCUGCGAGAGAGAGAAGCGCAGGGCAGCCAGGAGACGGAUGGUUCCAGCGGCAGCCAGCGCGAUGCUUACCUGGCCUCCAGCUUCGACACCCUGGACGGUGAGGAUUACAAGCUGAGCACUUUCACUAACAGUCAGCACGACAUGGGUGGUGGAUGCCCCCUGGAGGCACCACUCCCUCGUUAUGCAGACAGUGGCAGUAUACAGCUGGCUGUUGUUCCUUCUCUGUCAGAACCUGCCACCCAGGCGCUCCCUAUCACCAAGGAGACAGUUGUGGAGAGCAGAUCUGCACCGCACGUUACACUGUCUAGCACCAAUAUCCUCCAAAAACCCAAACCCAAGAUACGCCGCAACAACAGUAUCGUGGAGCAGGUGAAGUAUGAGAGCGAGCUGUUGCGCGGCGUUUAUGCAGGGUUUGAGGAGGAGAAUGAGAGUGAGGAGGAGGAUGAGGAGGACAGUGCAAAGGAAUCUGAGAAAGGUUCUCUGGUACAGCCACAUUCGAGUGCAAAGCCCCGCCUGGAAAAGACACCUUCAGUGAGGUUUUUUGUAGAAAAUGAGUCUGCCGCUGCCGUUGCACCCGCUGACCAGAACUCGUUUUCUGAUUCCUCUUCACAGAUUGAGAUGGCUGCUCUGCCAUCAGAGGGCACGGGCACAGAGCGAGCAGAGGAAGACAGGACUGCUUCAGACAGUGAGCCUCUGCUCAAACUCUCAUCAUCGGAGGACUUAACGAGCUCUUCCAAAAGCAGUCACAAAAAAGAUGCUAAGUCAAAGUUUGGGCUUGUUUUUAUGAAGGAGAAGUUGAUGGGUGAAGGCAAGCGGCCAUUUGACUUGUCGUCUGAGGAGGAGGAUGUGUAUGGCUCCAUGGGAGCAGUGCCUACCCGAUCCCCCCCACAACUAGACACGCCCUCAGUGGACUCUCCAGGACAGGGGCCGCUACAGAUGCAACACACUUCACCAGGGGUGGAGAACAGGUUGUCCUGUACUUCGUUCGAUCAGGGUGCAGCUGCUGACACUGUUGUGUGGCAACCCAGAACCUCACCAGUGGAAACAUCCAGGAAAUCAACCAGCAGCACUUCUGAGGAGAAGAAAACUGUUGUGUGAUGUAGCUGGAAACUCUCACUGAAGCAUGUUUGCCAGUAUGGGAGUAUUGUCUACAGAGCAAAAGUAACUGAGAGCACAAGGUGAAAAGUGACAACAUGUGAGAGGGUUCACCCCCAGUCGGUCGGAAACACUCUGUCACCUGUCAUGGUUGGUUGCCUGGAUAUCGCUUUCUGCCUGCAUCAUGACUGGGUUUUAACCUCCACACACUUGUAGUUAACCUCCACACAUAUGUAGUUAACCUCCACACAUAUGUAGUUAACCUCCACACAUAUGUGGUUUACUACGCACACUAUCAGAUGCUGUUACUACUGUAGUUACAACUACUCUGAGUAAUUUUGAGACUGUGGGGAUCAUGCUUGGGAUUUGAUGUAGCUAGGAAAUACUGCAACAAACAAAACAGAUGGAAAAAACAGUCGGUUAUGAGGAUCUUAAACAGUGUCAGUAUAUGCGACUUUGGUUACUGUUGUAAUGUUUCCUGUACACUCCUCAGUACUUCCUAGGCUGUACUUACAUAAAUAGUGUCAGUAUAUGCGAUGACUUUGGUUACUGUUGUAAUGUUUCCUGUACACUCCUCGGCACUUCCUAGGCUGUACUCACAUAAUAGUGUCAGUAUAUGCGAUGACUUUGGUUACUGUUGUAAUGUUUCCUGUACACUCCUCAGCACUUCCUAGGCUGUACUCGCAUAAUAGAAGAUAUGACUUAUGUCAUUAGUCUCCACUUCUGAGGUGAAAGGAAAACUGUAGUGUGAGAAAAUCUAAAUGGUAGUAAUUCUUGAUGACAUGGUAUUUAUAAAAUUCUGACGCGAAUUGACAGAUUUGGGUGUCUAAACCUUGCCGUUUAACUUUGCACACCUCUACCAAUCCUGUAUGACAUUCGCAUGUAUCUGAACUGUUUCUUGUUCAGAUAUGUUUGAAAUGUUCUCCCCAGACAGAGGUUGCAUACAUGUUGUUAUCAUGACAGAUUCUGACACCAUAUGCUCUCAUAUGUAUGUACGUGUGUAAGGAAUUUCAACUGUUACCUCUUUGUCUGUGAUUUUCCAUUGUCUCCAGUAAGAGUACAGGUCAUUGAAGGACUAAGUUUGUAAUGUAUGGCUGACUUGAUGGCUUUGAUGAAUGUAUGGGAGGGACACGUGGUAUUCUGUGCACAUACUUCUCCCCGUCAUUGGCAUUAUGUGAUAAAUUGACCUGUGUUCAGAUAAUAUAACAUAUAUGUAGUCAGGAAACCAUUGUGGUUGAAGUCAUCUUGUGUUUGUAGAAUAUAGGGUGGAUGGAUAUGUUCAGUGAUGUUCUGUUUUAUAUAAGGUUUUGGAGCAAAGUUUUCCCAGCCAGUCAGAUCACCCCUGGAGUAAUACAGACUGCCUCACUAUCAGAUUGAUGCUGAGUUAACUUCUCUCACCUCUUCCACCUAAUAUAUGCUUAUAGUUAAAAGUACAGGAAGUGGGAUGAAAAGUAUAACAUGACAGGUGGUAUUCUCUGGUUUACAACUACAUGUACACUGGUGUGAGGUGAUUAGGUGUAGAACUCCGAAGAGAUCUGAUGUGAUGUGUUACGUGAUAGUGUAUUGUACAAGGAGUCAUUUCUGUCGUGUAAACUGAAAGAGUCCCAGUGAAUGGAACAUGGACCCUGAUCACUGUGCACCAGAUAGGCCACGUUAUGUGAUAUGAUAUUAAAAGGCUGUGGUGGAUCUGUGGCAGGAGAGAGAUAUAGACACAUGCUACAAGGUGAUUGAGGGGUAAAAGGAUUAGGCGAUUAUGUUUGAAUGACAAAUUGUAUUUAGUUUUUGAUGUAUGUUAAAAGCAAACCAAAAAAAUAGUUUUGUGAUCAAUAAAAGUAUACUAUACAUACGUAUUAGGUAAAGGCGAUUUUCAGAAGCCAUUUUUACAUAGACACAAGCAUUCCCUACUUCAGAAGUUUACCUAUGUAAGAUAGUAUGCUGUAAUUCUUCAAACUUUUUGCAUUUUUGGAAGGUUUUUAUUCAAGCAUAUUCUUAAGGCUUUAUUCUGUGUAGACUAAUAAGAUUAUAGUUUUUGUGAAGCCCUGAAAUUGGCCAAUCCAACAAAUGUAGUUUUGUUUCCAAAAUCUGAUUAUAAAUGUGGAUAGAUUGCACUGAAAGUUGCUCGUUCACAUGUGAAACGGUUGAGGAGUUAGUGUGCUUAUAUAUGCGGAAUAGAUUGACCAGGUUGCGACUGGGUCAAAAUCUUCAUUACCAUACAGUACAAAAUAGUAACUUUAGAAGAGAAAAAGUAUUCAGUUUUAGUAAUGCAAACGGUGUGAUACAUUGCGAAAUCAAAAUAAAACAAGAACAUAUUUGUUUGUGCAGCAAUUAUGUAUGUCAUUGAUGAUGUGAUGUGUAAAUAUGUAAAUAUUGGAGGUGUGGAUGAGCACAGGUUUAGUGUGGGUGUACUUUACACUGUUGUAACAGACCAUAUUGUACGAGUACUACACAGGUAAUUGUGAAAUGUGUUAUAAUUAAUUGAGAUAAAUUUUCAGUUGGUGCUUAUACAUGUAGUUAUUUUAUGUUCAUGUAUUUGAGUGUUGUUCUGGUUAUUAGAGUAAAGCUACACACUACAUGUCAGUGGCUGUUGUUCUGGUUAUUAGAGUAAAGCUACACACUACAUGUCAGUGGCUGCUGUUCUGGUUAUUAGAGUGGAGCUACAUACUACAUGUCAGUGGCUGCUGUUCUGGUUAUUAGAGUGGAGCAACAUACUACAUGUCAGUGGCUGCUGUUCUGGUUUUUAGAGUGGAGCUAUACACUACAUGUCAGUGGCUGCUGUCCUGGUUAUUAGAGUGGAGCUACAUACUACAUGUCAGUGGCUGCUGUUCUGGGUAUUAGAGUAAAGCUACACACUACAUGUACAUGUCAGUGGCUGCUGUUCUGGUUAUUAGAGUAAAGCUACACACUACAUGUCAGUGGCUGCUGUUCUGGCUAUUAGAGCGGAGCUACACACAACAUGUACAUGUCAGUGGCUGCUGUUCUGGUUAUUAGAGCAGAGUUACACACUACAUGUACAUGUCAGUGGCUGCUGUUCUGGUUAUUAGA